AAGAAAAGAAAAGAAAAGAAAGAGAGAACAGAGGUAAGUGGGAAAGAGAAAGGUGGAAGAGCUCGCCGUGCCUUGAAGCAUCGUGCAUGCAUUUCUAUGCCCCCUCUCUCUCUCUCUCUCUCUUCGCUCUCUCUGCUGCUGCUUUGCAUGCGCAUAGCUUUCUCCACCUCAUAACUCAACCUCCCAUCCAGCCCUCCGCCCACCGGAAACGCCUUCUCCGUCUUCAUUCGAUGACCGGAAGCUCUGAACAUUUGAAGCCUACCGAGUCCCUGGAUUCGUAUCUGAACACACAGUUUUACUUCCUGUGGCUGUAAUCAUACUCGUCGUCGGCCCGUCGAAGAAUUUUUUUGGGAGAGGGUUUGCUAGGGCUUUGGUCGAUUUCAAUUGAUGAAUUCGACUUUUUUUUUUUGGGAUUCGUCAGAGAUGAGUUCGAAAGUUUGUAUGAAUGGUUUGUGCGGGGCGACGUCGGCGGCUGAAUGGAAGAGAGGCUGGCCUUUGCGAUCUGGUGAAUUCGCCAGUUUAUGUGAUAAGUGCGGGUCUGCCUAUGAGCAACUAGUCUAUUGUGAUACUUUUCAUUCUAAAGAUACUGGCUGGAGGGACUGCACUUCAUGUGGAAAGAGCCUCCAUUGUGGAUGUAUUGCUUCUAGCUCUUUGCUUGAGCUGCUUGACAGUGGUGGGGUGAAAUGCAUUGGGUGCAUAAAAAGUUCGGGAUUUCAACCUACCUCAAAUGAUAAGCCUAAAGGUCUCAGCAUCCCAACAACAAAUAAUGAGGGUGAAAUGAUGUUGACUUCUGUCUACAAUCAAGUUGAGGGAGGUAAGGUUGAAAAAUUGAACCUUGAGCUGGUGGACAGUAAUGAAGAAUGCAAUGGCCUGAAAAACUUGCUUUCAUCUCACAAGAAUGAUGCAAAUGGUGGGCAAGUUAAAGAGGAAGAAGUCUUGCCUCCCCUAGGUGAAGUUGGAAACAUAAGUUCAUCAAAUUUCAAUCUAGCAUCUGUUGGAUCAUCUGAAAAUGCCAGAGUAGAAAUGAGCAUGGGAAUCAAGGAUGCAUAUGAAUCACUGGCUCAAACAAACUUGACCAUAGCAUUAGCUUCUCCAUCAGGAAACCCAAAUUCCUUUCGUGGUGCAUUUAUUGAAGAAAGGGAAAUGGCCAAAACAAUUUCUUCCUCUCAACAAGUUUCUAGGUCUCGCCAUCUUUUACCCAAGCCUCCCAAGUCCAUCCUUGCAGCAGGAUUGGAGACUUCGGCUGGUAUGACUCCACAGAUACGUGUAGCAAGGCCACCUGUUGAGGGGCGAGUGAAGAAUCAGUUGCUUCCUCGUUAUUGGCCUAGGAUUACAGACCAAGAAUUACAGCAAAUAUCUGGAGACUCAAAUUCCACCAUUGUGCCAUUAUUUGAAAAGGUUCUCAGUGCCAGUGAUGCUGGUCGAAUUGGUCGAUUAGUUCUCCCAAAAGCAUGUGCUGAAGCUUAUUUUCCUCCUAUCUCUCAGCCAGAGGGCCUUCCUUUGAAGAUUCAAGAUGUAAAAGGGAAAGAUUGGGUAUUCCAGUUCAGGUUCUGGCCAAAUAACAACAGCAGGAUGUAUGUUUUGGAGGGUGUAACCCCUUGUAUACAGUCCAUGCAAUUACAAGCUGGAGAUACUGUAACAUUCAGCCGCAUGGAUCCAGAAGGAAAACUUAUCAUGGGGUUUCGUAAAGCAUCAAACACUAUUGCUAUUCAGUCACUGAAGGGAAGUACAGAUCCCAAUCUAAAUGCACUUGCAAAACAUUUGAAUUUAGCUGGUCAAGAUUUUGGCUGGAACAUCAUGGAGAAGCAUGGAAGUCAGACGAAAGAUGGUUUGCUAAACCCCUCAUUACUGGUGCCAGAGAGAAAAAAAAGCCGAAACAUUGGAUUAAAAAGUAAGAGGCUACUCAUUGACAGCCAAGAUGCACUGGAGCUGAAACUUACAUGGGAAGAGGCACAGGAUAUGCUCCAGCCGCCACUCAGUGAAAAGCCAACUAUUGUUACUGUUGAGGACCAUGAAUUUGAAGAAUAUGAAGAGCCCCCUGUUUUUGGGAAGAGGAGCAUUUUCAUUGCCCGUUUGUCUGGGUGCCAAGAGCAGUGGACUCAGUGCGAUGGUUGUUCUAAAUGGCGAAGGCUGCCUGCUGAUAUUCUUCUUCCGCCUAAAUGGACAUGUCUGGACAACAUUUGGGAUGAAAGCAGAUCUUCAUGUUCAGCACCAGAUGAGUUGAACCCAAAGGAGCUUGAAAAUCUUCUUCGACUGAAUAAAGAUUUCAAAAGGCGGAGAAUGGUAAUGAGCCAUAGACCAGGCCAAGGGCAUGAGCCUGCAGGGUUAGAUACUCUGGCCAACGCUGCAGUGCUUGGAGACAAUACAAUGGAUCCUAGUCCUGCAUCAGUGGCAACCACUACCAAACACCCGAGGCACCGUCCUGGCUGCUCGUGCAUUGUGUGCAUCCAGCCCCCUAGUGGGAAGGGCAAGCACAAACCAACAUGCACGUGCAACGUGUGCAUGACAGUCAAGCGUCGUUUUAAGACACUAAUGAUGCGGAAAAAGAAGCGCCAAUCAGAGCGUGAAGCAGAGAUUGCACAGAGAAAUCAUUUUAUGUGGGGCACUAAAGAUGAAACAGAGGUAGAUAGCACCUUCAGACAGGCUCCCUUACAGGGCGAUGCGUCUGAGGGUAGGGACUUAUUGUAUAAUGAGUUGCAAUUUAGGGGACAAAGUAGCAACCUGUCCCACAAGUUAACUGAAACUGGCAAGGGACAAUUAGACUUGAAUUCUGAUCCUGAGCACUCGCACUCACACGCACACCAAGUGCCAACUCGUGUGAGCAUGAUGAGCCUUCUUCAGGUAGCAAGCCUGCCUUUGGAAACUUAUCUGAAGCAGAAUGGUCUUACGAGCUUGAUCUAUGAGCAGCAAGGGAGUUCAGGAUCACAGUCACUGCCACAAGCAACCGGAGAGAGUGAAGGACGGCCACACGAGGAUCAUUGUGUUACCCCUGUGGUUAAUGAGCAGCAGCAGCAGCAGGAGAGCAGAGGGGAGGAUGAGCUUGCAGCCGCAGUAGCAGCUCAAAGCCCAAAUGAUCCUUCCUGAAUUUCACCUUGCCCAACUUUUUUUUUUUUUGCCUUUUCUUUGGGUGGGAGAUAAAAGCUGAUUGAUUCUUCACUAAUUGAUAUAUAUGCAUCUUCUUUCUGGUUGUCUGGAAUACUACAAGUAUACACGAAAGUAGUAUAGAUAGUGCAACUGUAUCUUUCUCUGCAGCAGUUUGUAAUGCGCUCGAACGAUUUUUGUAAUGUGGAGAGUGAUAAUAUGUUGGUAUUUAAUCUGUGACUUGUGUA